AACGGAACAACAUCGUUUCCUUUGUGUUGCCGCCUCCUCUCGCAACUCGCGGCGGCACAACAAAACCUUUGGCUCUCGUACUUCUGAGUACCAAUGGCGAAGGGCGACGAUGCAUUGACGAGAAAAAGGAACAAAGCCGCCCGGAAGAAGCUUCGUAGCAAGAGCGGAGACUCUUCGUCCGUUUCUGCAAGAAUCGCCUCCAUAAUCGCCGCCAAGAAGCGGCGUAUGUCCGGGAAACGCAGACAAUGCCAGGGAAUGUGUUUUAGCCUUCCUACUCCUGAUGAUCCCUACAAUGACAGAAAUGGGAAAAAGGACACUAAGGUCAAGCCUUCAAAGGGCUCCAAGAGGGAAUUUCCAAAGGAGAAGAGUACUUCAGCACCUAAUGGAACCCUUCGAGACGUUGGCCGUGAGAAUGCUCGGAGUUCAAAAGAAGGGUCUGGAGGUACUCUCCCUAGUGGCCGCUUAGCAAAAAGAAGCAAGACUGAUCCUGAAAGAACAAAAGAAUUUGGGAAUGCGAAAGGUAGUGUACAAGGCUUUCAAGAAGAAGACUCUGAAAGUUCUGUCGCUCCCUCAAAGUUUCUUAUACUUUGCUUAAAUGCAAUAGAGAAUGCCCUAUAUCAUGAUUCCAUCAAAAGAAUCAACAAGCCUCUGUUUGCUGAUACUUGGGGAAUUGAGUUUUGGAAAUGUUAUUCUUCUGGGAAGGAUAUUCUUGACACCAGUGGGUUGUCUUCUACAGACGAGAAAAUUGCAUGGGUGGUUUCUUCAGCUGCUGACAGUAUUGCCAGAAAGGACAAAGAAGGUUCAUCUUUUAGUAGCCCUUAUCUUUUAUUUCUUGUUCCUAACCAAGAGAAAGCUACUCAGAUUCGCUCCAUGUGCAAGCCAUUGAAGGCUCUUGGAGUACAUACAGUGAGCAUACAUCCUGGGGCAUCCCUAGGUCACCAGAUUCAGGGUUUGAAGAACUGUGAACCUGAAUUUCUUGUGUCCACACCAGAGAGACUCUUGGAGCUUGUUGCCAUGCAGGCUAUUGAUAUAUCUGGUGUUUCGUUGCUGGUGGUCGACGGACUGGAGUCUCUUUCAAAAGGUGGUUAUCUUGAUAUGACACAGUCCAUUAGGAAGUCCAUAUCAAGCAAACUGCAUACCAUUGUUUUCAGUGAUAGCUUCAGCCGUGCCUAUGUCCCUGUUAUACAAAGCCUCCUUGGGGGCCCAGUUCGAAGGCUGUCUCUUAAUACUUCUGUGGCCUGUCAAAGUGCCUGCAUUAUUCAAUCGAUAAACUUUUAUACUUCUUUAAAGGAAAAACUAUCAAAGGUCAUCCAAGCUUUGGAUCGAGCCAAUGGUAGUCCGCUCUGCCCACAACCGUUGAAGAUGCUUUUUAUUCUUGGGAAGGAGUGUAAUGUUCACGAAUUAGCUGCUGCUCUUAAAUCCAAAGGCCAUGAUAUCGUAGCUGGAGCAUUAUGUGGUGUCCCAGAAAUUAAGAACAAUUCGAAAGUAGAUGGCAAAUUGAGGUACGUAGUAGCCAAGACUCACAUAGAGCAAAUUAGCACCAUAGAUAUUGGAAUCUAUGAAAGCAUAUUCAUACUCUCAGCCUUUCCACCAAUGGACAAAUAUGUUGAGAUUCUAACAGGAAUGGCUCGACACACGGUCAACGGUGUGCUGCACAGCUUCAUCAGCAAGGAAGAAGCAUCUGUUGCUGGUUCCUUAGUUGAAAUCCUUGAACAAUGUGGGCAGGAUGUCCCUAAAACUGUAAGAAACUUAUCCCUCACACAAGGCACAUCUCAUUCUUGAACAUUAACUGCCUCUUCUAAUUAUCGUCAAUAUGUCUGUAUAAAAGAAAAUUUUGACCAUUGAUAUCUAUUUUUCAUCAUACACUGGUUGGUUUUUAAUGUUUCAUCAAAGAAUUCUACA